CCCUCCACAUGCUGCCAGUGGUGGUCCAUUGCCUUGGCCCUCGUGUCUAAUUUCAGCCUAAGAGGACUAUAAAUUCGCGACUUUUGAGUUUGUCUAUUUGGAUCUGCCUGCCCUUCUUCACUAUGUGGUGCGCUACUCUUACUGCCGUUUUCGUCUCCCUCCUCCCCAAGGUUCACGGCUGGGGAGCUAGCGGACAUGAGGCCGUCGGCGCAAUUGCCCAACAGUUCCUUGCAUCCGAAGCGUCCUCAUUUGUAGCGUCUACACUUGACAGCGGGGAAACGCUCAGUUCUGCAGCACCGUGGGCCGAUGAUGUUCGAUCUGAGUCUGCAUUUGCGUGGUCCGCGCCUUUGCAUUUCGUGGAUGCGGAAGAUGACCCUCCUAGUUCUUGCUCGGUAUCUGAGUCGCGAGACUGCUCGGACGGAGAAUGUAUUCUCACGGCCAUUGCAAAUUAUACCAGCAGAGUAGUCGACGACUCACUAUCUCACGAGCAAAUUUACGAGGCACUCAAAUUCCUGGACCACUUUAUUGGCGACAUCGGGCAGCCCCUUCAUGUCGAAGCCUUCGAACUCGGUGGCAACGAUAUCAAGGCGAAAUGCGGCGGUUCCAGUACCAACCUCCAAGAUUCCGGCCUGAUCAAUAAGCGUUUGAAAGCAGAUUUUGGCAGCUCCGUCGCAACGUGGGCGAACACUCUUGUUACUCGAAUCAAGUCCGGUGAAUACGCAAAUCUGACAUCAGAUUGGAUUUCGUGCUCUUCGACUACAGAGCAAGUUUCACGUAGGGAAUUGAGGAACGUUGAGACUGACAUUAAGGGCCAUCUGGCUUCUCGGUCAACAACCCCUUUGGAAUGUCCCCACAUCUGGGCCGUGGAAGCCAACGAACUGAACUGUGAAUUUGUCUUUACUUACACUCAAUUCUCGGACCUUUGUUCGACUAGCUACUAUGACGGUGCUAUUCCUUUGAUUGAACUUCAACUUGCGAAACAAGGAUUCCGUUUGGCUGCUUGGCUGAACGUCCUUUUUGACGGCAGUCCUAAUCUUUGACAUAUAAAGAGAAGCCGGAUGCUCGUAUGGCAAUACUGUCGCGUUUCGUACUUGCUGUUUUACCUGGUGAAAUAUGGCUUCUACUGUUAUCGGAGCAAGUAGAAGAUGCUCUUCGGCCCGAACA